AUGUUUGGUACUGUUUCUAUCACAGACAAAAUUCACGUAUAUCCUAAUGAACUCUUGGCCUUCUCUGAAGCUUCAUUACUUAAUAAAAAUGUGAAUAGCAAGUGUUCAAGGAGUUCUCUGCAUAUAUUAAAAGAGAGAAUAUCUGAAAAAUACAUUAAUAAAGUUAUUAAGAAUGUUGGGUUGGUUAUUUCUCUUGUAGAAUUUGAUUAUGUAGACCAUGCAGUAAUUGAUAGCGACGAUGGAUCUUUAUAUUUCAAUACAACCUUCAGAAUUAUCGUAUUUAAACCUUUUAUAUCAGAGAUUAUUGAAGGUAUAGUCAUUAAUUCUGAUUCAACUGGACUUACUGUUAGUCUGGGAUUUUUUAAUGAUAUUAAGAUACCAUCAAAUGAGUUAAGAGAGCCUAAAUCAAUGAAUGGAGAUACAAAGUUAUGGUCGUGGAACUACGAAACUCAUCAGUUAUACUACUUAAUUAACUCCAUCAUUAGGUUCAGGGUAACUGGGGUUUUAUUCAAUGAUAGUGAUACAGAAGUAUCUUCAAUGGUAAUUAUGGGAAAUGUACAAAAUGACGGACUUGGCAUGAUAUCUUGGUGGAGCUAA